AUGGGGUCUCUUAAAAACCUUGCAUUGUACUCCACCUUCUAUUGGGGCGCUUAUCCUGGAGUCAAUCUAGACGGUGUUCACUUCCCUCAGCUGAAGUCAUUGUCCCUUGGUCAUUUCUCGUUUGUCGAGGACAAGCAGUUGGAUUGGAUUCUAGGACACUCGUCAACCCUCCAAGAGCUCUACCUGGACGACUGCCCUAUACUGAUAAGCAUGAGGCUGUCCGAUUGCGAGUCCGACCUUUCAAGUUGCCAGAUACCAAAAUCCAAAAUGGAAAUCAAGGAGGAGAACGAUCAGCAAGAAUGCCAUUAUAGCUAUCAACGACGGUGGCAUGAAUAUUUUUCUUCUAUUCAGAGGGGGCUUCCACAUUUACGCCGAUUUGGAUUCGGUGUCAGUGAAUCAUGGGAUGACUAUGUGUUGCCUUUUGAGAAUGAAAAGGAGAUUGUAAUUGCGUUGAUGCGAGACCGGUACCUGGCACUUUACGGCGGUACAGGGCCCAGUCCAUUUCUUGAAAAGAAGGAUUAUCUCGACAUGAAUCCCGAUGAAGAAUGGCCGGAAUGUGACGAGGAAGAUAGAAGUGCUCUGAAGGAGUUGUAUGCGAAGAUUGGACAGCAAGUGGAUUAUGGGAGAAUCAAAGUCAAUUCGCAGCGGAAAGUGGAGAGCUUGUUACAGAUCCCCCAAAGGUAUUAA